GGAAAAAUCUCAGCCAGCAAAUGAAUCUGAUCCAGAGGAAGAAUCUCAGCCAGAGGAAAAAUCUGAUUCAGGGGAAGAAUCUCAGGUGGAGGACUGGUUAGGGCAAAGCUGGGCAGAGGGCCAAGAAAAUAAGUUUCACAUUACAGUGGAUGUCACUAAUCCUGGCAUCCUGACCCCAGGCUCUAUAGGGACCGAGCUGAUGCCUGAGGAAGCUGUACUCCUAGAUGCACGCCCUGAGGAUUACGACAGGUAUUGGGCCUUUCCCUGGAAAUUAGGUAGGUUCUCUCCCUGCCCCCACCAGUGCACCAUCCCCCCUCUGUCCUUCUGUGAUAUUUUCAAUGUGGACCCACAUCCUGACGAACCUCUAUUGUUGGAGUUGAGCCACAUCUGGCCCACGAACAAGCUGGUAGAAUCCUGUUUGAAAGAACAGAAUUUCUUCUUGGUGUUGUGUGGCUCUGGUACCGGCUGGUACUUGGUGUCAAUGUAUCCUUUAUGGGUAGUGAGGACCCAGGUCCACCGCUGGCAGAUGAUGCUGAACCCUGAUGCCUUGGUGGUGAUCUACCUAGAGACUGGACCUGAAAAGCAGGACAUGAACCGCUGGAAGCUCAGCAUGUUGGAGUCCUCAGAACUGGGGUUGGAGCUGGUGCCUGCCGACUGCACCCUGUGGAAGAAAGGAUUCAAGGUGCACUCCUACCUGCCCUGGCAGAGUGAAACCCUAAAGGACUGGGGCAAGGAGCCAGGGGAGAGGCUGUUUGUCAAACAUGUUCGAAUUCUGAAAAACUAUUGAGCUUCCUCUCCUGAGUCUUCUUUUUGAAUCCCGAAUAUCUGAGGCACUGAUACUUAGGAAGCCUCCAUUGCCCCAGAUCCACAGGGAAUAUGAAGAUUCAGUGAUUGACUGUUCUGAGCCGCAGGGAACGGUUGGUCCAGAAUUUUAGGGGAGCAUCUGGAACAGCCUAGGGGCUUCGGGACCUCAGAGGGAAGUCUGGUAUGUUUACAGCAGGAAUUUAGGUGUGCUCAGCUGACUGUUCAGUGAAAGGUGAGGACUAGCUAUAUGUGUAGGUGGGGUGUUCUGUAUCGCGUGUCCUGUGUGACUAGUCAGAGCUCUUGUCCACUAUGUGCAUGUCCUCUGAGGCCCUGGAUGACCUGGCUUGUGCAGUAGUUAGAUCCUGUCUUAGGGGGGAAUGAUAUUGGGUUUCAGGGUUUACUGUACAG